GGUGGGCUAGCUGGUGCUAAGUGCCUCUCGCAUGUUCCCGUUGGUUAGCUCACCUCGAAGUCUAGGUUUUUCGACACCUCGGACCGCUGGCUCAGUAACUAUCUCCACGUAUGGCUCUGCAGUUCUUGGUAACGGACUGGCGGCGAUUGCUGUCAAAUUUGUUGGGGGUCUGCACACUCCAGCAUCUGGAGGUGGUUGCUCAGCAGGGUCGAUUAGACUCGCAGUUUAUGAAUGCUGCUAAAUGUAGAAGUAUGCCGUACAAGCGCAUUUGUGGAUGGACAGGAUACAAGCAGCUUUGCCUCAGCGCAGCGCGAAGGCAAUUUCAGGGCGAGUACGAAGACUAAAGUGUCUCAAGCCAAGACGAUAGAACGACGAAACAUAUCCCGAACGCACAGCAAACAGGUAGCUCUAGGCAGAGUAGAGGAGGGCCCAAUGUAUUGGUGAGGCGCAAUUACCGC